AUGGCUCCUCUACUCACUCGCAAGCGCGACUGCGCCUACCUCCUCUUCUUCAUCACCCACAUCCCCAUCAUCUUCCUUAUCGAUACCGUGCCCCUGCAACCCUCCUGGCUACGCACCGAGCUGUCCGCCCAGUUGCGAGGGUACUAUGUCGCGACCUAUCGGGAUAAGUUCUUCGAGGACCCUGCGCCCGUGUGGUUCAGUGCGUUUAUCUGGAUGGAGUUGCUUUAUCAUGUGCCGGCCAGUUUGUGGGCGGCCUGGGGGUUGAUUCGAGACCACCCCCUCAUCCCAGUUCACCUCCUCAUCUUCGGCGUCCAAGCCUUCGUCACCUCCCUAACCUGCCUGGUCGACGUUUGGAGCUGGCCCGAUCGCACAACGUCCGAGAAACAACAAAUCACCUACCUCUACGGCCCAUACGUUGCACUAGGUGCGUUUAUUGCUUUGGACAUGGUAGUCCGAUUGCGUGCUCGGUUAAUGCCAAAGAGCAAGCGCGAGUGA